CUCUUCUUUCUUUGUUUCUCUUUCCUCAUUCCCACCGAUUCAGAUCUCUGAUAAUCUUGAGAGAGAAAGUGCUGUGUGGAGAAACAAAGGAAAAUAAGAAUGGCGGUGGUGUCGCCAUUAGCAAAGUACAAGUUGGUGUUUUUGGGAGAUCAAUCUGCGGGCAAAACAAGCAUCAUUACUCGCUUCAUGUACGAUAAAUUCGACACCACUUAUCAGGCUACCAUUGGUAUUGAUUUUUUAUCAAAGACAAUGUACCUUGAAGAUCGAACAGUUCGCUUGCAGCUGUGGGAUACUGCUGGUCAAGAAAGAUUUAGAAGUCUUAUUCCAAGCUACAUUAGAGAUUCUUCUGUUGCUGUAAUUGUAUAUGAUGUUGCCAACCGCCAAUCAUUUCUGAAUACUUCAAAGUGGAUCGAGGAAGUACGCACUGAACGAGGCAGUGAUGUCAUUAUUGUUCUUGUCGGGAACAAAACUGAUCUUGUUGAUAAAAGGCAAGUUUCUACAGAAGAAGGAGAUGCUAAGUCUCGUGAAUUCGGAGUAAUGUAUAUAGAAACCAGUGCUAAAGCGGGAUUCAAUAUCAAGCCUUUGUUCCGAAAGAUUGCUGCCGCCUUACCGGGGAUGGAAACACUUUCAUCCACAAAACAGGAAGAUAUGGUUGACGUUAAUUUGAAGCCUACAACAAAUACAUCCCAAACAGAGCAGCAAGGGGGAGGUUGCGCAUGCUAGAUUGUAGUUAAAAAGAGGAAGCAGGAAAUUCUUUAGCCUUAAAUCGGGAUAUUCAGAGAAAUACAAGAGAACUUAGAGAACUUGGAAACAUACUAAGACACAGUUGCAUCCAGUUAUUAGGGUGUUCACAAUUAGCGAAUUUCUUAGUUUGUGAUGUUUGCAGCAUUGAUGUUUCUUCAUGAUAUACAACAACUCCAUCAAGGAGAUAGCUGACGAGUUUUUUCUCUACGAAACUAUUGAGGAAGCAUUUGUUAGAAUCAUCACAUUUAUGUUUCCUGGUAGAACUUCUUGUGUUUAUAUGUUAUGGUUCCUAACUAGUUCAGGAACCAUUUAUUCCGGAGCAUUCUCCUAGUUGAAAUGUUGAAUAGAUAAUGAGAUGCCAUAUGUAUUUCACAUUUAUUUUAGUCUGUUGCACCACCUAUUAUUUAUUGAUACACCAAUUACCUUCAAGGUGUUCUUUUUCA